CUCGAUAUUGAUACUUCCGUCUUUUGCUUGUGAACGGCGGUCAAGAAAAACGUGAAUCAUGUAUACAGCUGCAAAACCUGUUGCAGGAGGAAGCUUUUUUGACAAAAAUGUACCGCAGAUUGUUUUAAAGAGUCUUUUUACAAAGUAUGACAAAGACGGAAGUGGUCAGUUAAAUCGGCUUGAGUUACAAGGCCUGUUUGUUGACGAUCUAGGCCUUUCAAAAGAGCAGGCCGAAAGCUACGCCUACCUGCUGGACAAGGAUGGCAACGGGAAAGUUUCUUUUGAAGAAUUCAAUUCCUGGCUUCACAGCGGUGAAAAGUUCAAAAAUGUUAACGAUAAGUCAAGGUAUCAAAGGUUAAAGAAGGCUGUAGAACUGUUCAAAAGCUACGAUAAAGAUGGCAGUGGCGCUCUAGAUAAAGACGAAUUUGAAAAGCUUUUCAUCGCUUAUGGCGGCAAAAAACAAAAUGUUGGUGCUGGUUUAAAAGAAUUGGACAAAGAUGGAAAUGGGGUAAUUUCCUUUGAAGAAAUGAUGAGAUGGCUCAGAUGGAUACCUGUAGAUGACUGAUUUGCAAACAAAGCAACAUUUAGUAAAAUUUUAUGGGGAUGAAUUUGUUGUUCUAACUAUUACUAAAAAUUUUUAACGGCUUAAUACUUUUUUAAAUGGAAACAUGUAAAUUCUACAUUCCUAGUCACAAGUGUAACUUAUUUUGUUGAUAUCUGAGUACCUAUGGGAUUUUAGGUACUUCUUAAGUGGAUACUGAGGCUAAUGUUAUUCUCCAAGUUUAUUAUCUUAAGGUUACACAAAUUUUGGUUAUUUGCCUGGUAAAUGAGAGACCAUUUUGAA